CAUGCGCUGUUUUUUGCACCAAAAAACAGAGGAGAGAGUCCAAUUCGAACAACGCCCAAUUUGAACAAGCAGCGUAACAUUCCAUCAAACGUACAAUGGAGAAUUCCGAAGAGAAUCGUCAGAAACUGGAGGACGAAGACCGAAGGUCGAAGGACGACGGCGGCGGGGUCCAAAUCUUCGCUUUCAGCUCUCCUCCAUCUUGGCUCCUGAACGACGAAAGCGAUGAUGAUGAUGAUCGUCCGCCACUACCCCCCGCGGAGGAUGAUGAUUAAUUAGAGGAGCAAGGCUAAAAUCUAUGAGCAUCAAUGUAAAGCCUAUCUUCCGGUCUCACAGAGAACAGGAGCAGACACCGGAAGAUAGGCCUGUUUUGCUUGUUUCCUCUAGGAGCGGUAACCGUGAGCCUCGAUCUACGUUCUUCAAUUCGGUCGGGACAGUGCUUUUGAGCUUCCAGUUUUGUCCUAGAUGCACAGCUUCGGCUUUUGCCAUUCGUGUGAUGCUCCUCGCUCCUUAAAAGAGGCAUGGCUUGGAUCGUAGUUGAAGUAUACUGAUUACAUGUGCAAUAUAUGCAGUACAUGGC